AUGUCCAACGACAAGAAGUACGAGCUCCUUUACUGGCCGGGCAUCCCCGGCCGCGGCGAGUUCGUCCGCCUCACCUUCGAAGCAACACGCACGCCCUACCUCGACGUCUCCAACCAAGUCGAAGGCGGCAUCCACCAGAUCCUCGCUCUCAAAGACGAGAAGGCGACUUGGGAUGCCGACGGCAACCCGCCCGCCCUGGCGCCACCUGCGCUGCGCGUCCACGGCGAGGGCAAGAAGGGAGGAGCGUUGGUCAUAAGCCAGACGCCUGCUAUACUCGCAUUCCUCGGCGAAAAACUCGAUCUCGCUGGCUCCGACGCAGCAGAGAGAGCUUGGAUCCAGGCCCUCGCGCUCACGGCGCUAGACCUUAAUAAUGAGGCACACGAUACGCAUCACCCCGUUUCCACGCUCGCAUACUACGAGGAUCAGAAGACGGAGUCGUUGAGGAAGGCGACUGAUUUCCGGGAGACGAGGAUCCCGAAGUUCCUUGGGUACUUUGAGCGCGUGCUCAAGGGGAACAAGGAGGGGCAGGGCAAGUAUUUGGUUGGGGACAAGUUGAGCUAUGCCGAUCUGGCGCUGUGGCAGGUUGUGCACGGGCUGAAGUUUGCGUUCCCGAAGGAAAUGAAGGCGAGAGAGGAGGCGGGCGAGGUGCCGACUAUCUUCAAGACGUUCUCUCCUAGUGUGCCUGAGCAUGGGCAGCUGAAGGAGUACCUGUCGAGCGACAGGAGGAAGCCUUACAGCAAGGGUAUCUUCAGACACUACCCUGAGUUGGACCGUCAGUAG